CCGCAUACUUUGGUGUGUUGUGCUUUAUUUACUUCUCUACCUUCCCCCUUAUCUGGGGCGUGUGACUAGUGUCGAGAGUGUCGGCGACCCGUCCGAAAAUCCGCGACGGCGUGCUUCCGCGGCCCUCCUUCCCUCCCCCGUCUACUACCUGAUCGUCCGUUCGCGAGACACGUCGAUGAACGCAACGGUGCAUCGAGCGAGUUCUUUUUCUUCCUCUCAUUUUCGCUCUUUCUCGCCGGCAUGGCAGAUGACUUCGUGAAAAAUCUUCUGAAGCAGUGGAACUUGGGAUUUUUGAUCUCCAAUUUUGAGCAAAAUGCAAUCAACAAGCAUGUAUUUUUGAAUCUCAAUGAAAAAUUGAUUGAGAAAUUGAUUCCCGUAUUAGGACAUCAAUUUAUGUUCAGUCAAAAAUAUGCUAAAUAUAAAGAAGAAAUAGAAGUACAAAAGCUUGAUUUAUCCGAUACUGUAUUGCAUGAAAGUGACAUAAUGGGCAUGCCCAUUGAAAUCAAAGACGUUGUCCAUAUUUCACCUGAACCUUAUCUUGUCGUUGCCACUACGCAAUCAAAUGCUGAUUUACCUGCACCUAAUGAAAAUGCUAAAAGCAUUAUCAAUGAUAAUGAUGUGGAACGAGAACAUUUUCUGGAAUUAUUAAAUUCAAAUUUCUCAGGUCGCCUUGUUGUGGCUAUUUAUGAACAGACACAUAAAGUAAAUACUGCUUUAUUAGCUGAAGCUUUAAUUAAGCCUGCAAUAUUAUUGAGCUCUAAUUAUAAAAUAAAUAAACAACAAUUUGAGGAUUUCACCAAGAAAAUUGUACUGGCAUUCCCUACACAAGAUCGAGGUAUAUAUUACUCAUCAGUACAGUCAAAGGGUCCAGGAUCUCCAGUAAACAUAAGCGGCGUCCUGUACAAUCAUUACUGUCACUGCAGAAAGCUUCUCAAGACUGCAGGAUUACUUACGAAGGACGACUCAAAUAAGAAUAAAAGGAACAGUUUAAUUGAAUCAGAAAAUAAUACUGAAGAGAAUGACAGCAUAGAGAAAACCCUUGAAUGGCUCCAAACAAAUACGACUGGAACUUUGGAGGAACAUCUUGAGAAAUGGGAGUCUAUUUUUGCUGCGCGUAGUUUAUUAGAUGAUAUGAGUAUUGAACAGAUGUUGAGAAAAUUCAAGUACUUACAAAACAGUUCAGGAUACAUUUUGUUGCAAUCAGAUUUCAAUAGAAUAUAUCCAGAAGAAAGAGAUAAGUUUAUUGAGGAAUGGCCAAAAAUUGCUGAAUGUAUCAUAACUUUGGCUAAAAAUGAUAAGAAAAAUCGCGAUGUUAAAAAUUAUCUUUUGGAAAACUCAAAGUUCCUUGACAAUGGUCAUUCGUCAUUGGUAGCUUUAAUGCUUCUUCCAUUAAUGUUAGGAUCAAUCGGUUGUAAAACAAAAAGAGGGAAACCAUCUUGGAGACCAACACGAAAAGAGGUUCAAGACGGCUUCUUAUUACACAUUCAGACUUACGAGGAAUUUGAACCACUACAAGAAUCGAAGGAAGCUAAAUAUAAAAAGUUUGAUCUGACUAUUCAGCCUUAUCCCAUGAUAUGUGGUGAUCUCGAUAAUAUUGUAACUUGUAGGAUUUUUAUCAACAACCAAGUUUACGUUUUGUCAGAUCCAUUAGAAACAGUGAAUUGCUGUUUCAAAAUAUACUUUGUACUGAACGCAGAUUACCCACCAGAAUGCAAACACGUUUGGACUUUUCUGCAAAAGUUUGUCUAUAAAAUCGAAAUUAAAGACAAAACAAAUUCAUAUAUAAGUGUAGAUUCAUUGAUUAGAGAUGUUAAAGUCUUAAUGUGAAAAUAGUGUAAUACGUUCU